AUGGUCAUGAAGUUCAGUGAUGUUCCCAUGCCAAUGGGCACACAGCAAUCACGCGUGCUAGCCGAUUGGGAUAUUAACGAUGCACAGCCACUUCCGCAGGUCCAUGAAUUCGACGAUUUCAACGACUGGGCCGACGACCAUUGUCGCCUGGUCUACUCGGGGGCAAAUGAAGAAGCCAAAAAACAUGCCAGCGGCUGGGCCAUGCGUAACACCAACAAUCACAACAACAAGAUAUUAAAGAAGAGCUGUCUGGGCGUGCUACUCUGCAGCGCCAAAUGCAAGUUACCCAACGGCGCCAGCGUCCACCUACGUCCGGCUAUAUGCGACAAAGCGCGACGCAAACAGCAGGGCAAGCAGUGUCCUAAUAGAAACUGCACCGGACACUUAGUCAUACAGCCCUGUCGCGGCCAUUGCAACUAUCCGGUGACACAUUUUUGGCGACGCGAAGGAAACGCCAUAUUUUUUCAAGCCAAGGGCAAACACGAUCAUCCGCGUCCCGAGGCCAAGGGUUCCACGGAGGCGCGUCGUCUACUCUCCAGCGGCAAGCGCGUGCGCAGUCUGGCCGUCAUGUUGGCUCGCGAUGCAGCGCUCAACAAAAAAUUGGACAGCCUGCGUGCUCCGAAGAAACAGGGCAAGCUGGAAUCAUUGGUUAGGCGCAAGCGAACGCCCACUAUGACUGAGCUACAGUUGGCCAGUAGUCUUGGCCAAAACAAUAACAAUAACACAGACUCGGCCAUUGUGUAUAAUGCAGCGAGCUUUGCGCAGCCGCAGUCCUCCAACUACACUGGACAAACGACGAGCACACAAUGGGACAAUGAGCCCUACUAUGCACCGGAGUCCGUGAAUUAUGUCAAUGGCUGUGGCUACGAUAUGCUGUCCUCGCCCGGCUCCAGCAUCAGUUCCACGGCCAGCUAUUACGGCACAUUGAAUGCACAGUCGAUGCAUUCUUACGAACCGCAAUCCCAGCAGCAGACACAACAGUCGGGAAAUUAUCAGCAGUUGGGACAAGAGAAAUGGUACUACGACGAUACGUCUAGCUUGACGAGCAAUACCAGCAACCAUACCGACGAAUAUACGAUUUUCAAUGGCUACGGAAAUGUCUGCAUGGACAAUAGCAUUCCUAACAAUAACAACAAUCCAACGACUGAUGCUUUCUACACCUAUAGCUCGGAAGUUUUUAAUAGUGUGUUCGAGCCCACCAUCAAUGGCACAUCAAAUGCCGUAGAGCUGCUUUACGGCGAAACUGCUGGCUAUCAGCAGCAAAUCUCGCCACAAAGCUAUAUCACCUCCUCCUCGCCCUACUCCCAACAACAACAACAACAACAACAACAGCAUCAGCAGCAACAACAACAAACUGGAGACUAUUACUACAGCAAUACGAGUAUGAAUAAUGUGUGGAGCAUGGAACAGCUGAAUGCUGCAACAACCACAACGCCCUCCGACUAUCAUCCAACAGCAGUCCCUACAGCCCCCACAACUCUGCCGGAACACAAUCUACCGCUUCAGGCCUCGAGCGUCUUCUGUUAA